AUGUUAAGAUUUCAUGUUGGGACUGAAAUUACAACAUUUUAUCCGAACAACGAAUCUGACAAUGAUAUGCAGACGAUACUAAAUACAGUAGCAUAUAUUUCUAAGACUGGUUUUGAUCAAGGAUUGCAAUAUUUUCAAUCUAACAACUUUACUGUAGCCAUAAAAGCAUUUAAACAGAUUAAUUUUGUUGCAAUAUCAAAUAUAUUAUCACCAAAAACAUUAGUUUACCAAAUUCAAAUAAUUAAAAACAUCGCAACUUUUUUAUUUGGUCCAAACUUUCAGCAAUUCAUGUUACAUGAAAUAUCAUCAUCAUACCAAGCUGUUUUUGCUAAAUAUGUGAACACAUUCCUCAAAUCCGUCGAAAAUAAUCCAAGAACUCUUCUCGCGAUGGUAAAACACGAUCAUUCAUACUACGAAAACUCUAAACUUGCAGCUUUAAGAGCACAUCAAGGAGCGAUUCCUGAUGAAGUAAAAUUUCAAGAAUGUAUAAUUUUUUGUAAUCAUCGUAUUGUUGGCAGAUUUACACGCAAAAAUGCAGCUCCUCUAAACUGUUUCGAUCUUUUCAUACUGUCAUUAUUCGAAAGCAUUGAAUUUAGUGAAGAAUCAAGUGAAGAUCGAUCUUUUUUGAAUCCUAACUACGUAACGAGUGUUAAUCCGUCGAAUAUACAAUACAAAGGAGGCUAUUUACUAGUUUCUGGAACUGUUCAACGUUGCUCCAUCGCUGUUUCUAGAUUAGGAAAUAAUUCUGCCUACACUAUGUUAUUUAUUUCGCAAGACACUGUAUCGCAACAGCAAAGAGACUUGAUAAGGAAUAUCAUGGGAAUCAUUGCAGAAUCGGUUAUGGGGAUUUUUAAACCUCCAACGAAUAUUUGUACAUUCCAAAAUCCUGUAACCAUAUUUACUCAAAUAAUUAUCAAUAGAUCUACAGGAGAAUCGUUUGAAUUCGCUCCUGCGAUGUCAGAAAAAGCAGAAAAAGUUUAUAAUCUUAUUAUGCGGAAUAUAAUCAACAAAAGCUCUGAAGCCAUGCCAAGAGGUUAUCAGACAAUGCUUUGGAAUGACGGAAGAUUCACUUUUCUUUACGAAAUGCGGUUUGAAAAUAUUUAUGGAGUUUUUGCUGACGUUGAGACCUCUUUGAAGAACGAAAACAAAAUCCUUGUUGACAGCAAAAAUAUUUCCUACGAGAAUAUUGCAAUAGAAAUCUUUGGUCCCGCAAUGGAAUACUCAGUUUACGAAAUCUUUACUGUUUUUGUAUCAACAAUCGAUCAGAAGAGUGCUGUAGUGCUCAGCAGACAAUUUUCUGAGAAUACCAUUAAACAAUUAUCACCAAAAAUCGAUACAAGAAAGAGAAAAAUUAAAUCUCAAUCUUCUUUGAACUUAUUCUCGACAUAUUCAAGCCACAGAAGAAUGAGCAGCCAACCAAAGUCAUCAAGACCAAUAUUAGCUUUAGGAGUAAUGAAAACUCCACAGAAAAACUUGUAA